AUGGAAGAGGUGACCAUGAUGAUGUGGGCAUGUGGAAGAAGGUCUUUCAAGCAUGAGGCCUUGUUUUCGGAGUGCGUAGCAUAUCUAAAGCUCAAGGCCUCACAGCUUGAUCCUCAAGUCCUUUCAACCGUAUGCUGGGCGUUUGCCAGAACGGGAUUCUGUGACGAGGCCGCCCUUGGGUCUGUUGCUAAAUUGAUCAGGCAGACAGAGUCUUUGUUCGCAGUCAGCCAGGACGUGUGCAAUGCUGCCUGGGCAUUCGCAAAGUUACAAGUAGAAGAUGCAUCCCUAUUCCAGUCCAUGUUCUGCCGGGCAACCCAGGCCAUGUACAGUGAGCAAUUCAAAAACCACGCUCGCAUCGCCAAGAAGAACCGCACCAAGGACUGGGCACAGGUCUUCUUUGCAUACAUGUUCUGCCUGCGUCGCUGCCCUGAAGGGUUGGAACAUAUUCAUCCGCGCUUGCUCCAUGACUUGCGCCUCAUGGGCCAGAUGCGUUCCACUGGACGUGUGGAUGGGACAUUCUCAGACAGUUCGGGCCUGAACCAUUCCGAGCAGUGCCUUCGUGAGCUCGACAGGCUCAUCGAAUCGAUGGAGAAAGAGCGCAAUGAUCCUGACGCAUGGCAGGGGACAGGUUACAGUGACAGCCUAGAGGCUGAGCCUAUGGCUAGCUCCUCUGUUUUGCUUGAAGCAGCAGAGGCCAAUGCAAGGCUGAGCCAUGACAUGGUAAAGAAUUUCCAUGCGGAUGAACCCCGCAUAGUCCUUCUGAGCUUUUCCCGAUGCCCAGAAUGUUUCCGACAUGCUUUGCUGGAAGGGCCCGCGCUCGCAGAUGUUCGUGCAGCUUUGCAUGAAAGAGGAUAUGAGGCAGUAUUGGCUUCUGGUAUCAAAGAUUUCGUACAUCCGGAGCAGUAUGAGAGCGUUCGGGAAGCAGUUCAAGAGCAGCAGCACAAAGGCGUGUCUUUCAAGUCCUCACAAGUGGUGGUGGCAGAAGAUCUCGAGAGACUGGUCGUGAAAGCCUUGCAGGCCAUACCCAGCAGCCAAAAAGUGCGACUGCGAGAGACCCGAGACCUACCAGUCUGCUGGGAUGAAGUGACGGAUGCAAUGGUCGCUGAAGAAGCUUUAGAAGAGGUCGUGGUGAAGCGGACAUUCAUUCAUGUCUCUAGCCCGAACAUGUCCAACACUCGUGUUACAAAGUCAUUGUAG